AUGCGUUCGGUUAACGCGGGGCUAAUUAUCGGCGUCGGGGCGUGUAGACCUGGCGACCCUAGCCGUGCCGGCGGGCGGUCGAGACGGUAUCGCGGCGCCGAUCUAUUUGAUGGACUCGCUACUGCGGCGCGGAAUAAUCCCCUAGCCCCGGCGAAUCUCGCGGCUCGGCCCAAGGUGACCGAGAGGUUCGACAUUCAGACGCCUUUACCAGAUAGAACGGGAUGCCGGCGCGACUGUCUAUUUGUGAAUGCGUCGUCUGGUGGGUUCGGGCGCAGGAAAUCAUCUGGUGCAGCGAAGAACUCUAUUAAAACGGCGAUCGGUAUCUCGUCUGCGCUGUCACGUGUUCCGCCCGGCGGCUAUCCGAAUUGUGCGCCUAUUACGUGUGUAAUUGUAAUGUCUAUUGCCAUCAUCGUUCAUGGGCGUGUAUUAGCUGCCAUCGAUUGUCUUCGUCAACAUCGCCCGGGGCCGUGGCGGGGUAAGGAAGGAAAUAAUGGAAAUUAUUCGUCGCGCACAACCCGCGAACUGCUAUCGGUGGAGGCAAUUUGCCGAAUAAAUGGCUCGAUAAUAAUGACGGCGGGCUUCCCCAACUUUUGGCAC